AUGGAGAUGCGCUCAAAGCAGGAAGACAUGAUUGCGAAGCUCUUAGACCAGCUUGCGCUCUUGCUGGCAACUGGGCGUCGAGGGGAGGUGGUAGCAACGAUCUUCACAGACAUGACUUUGUCGGAGGUCCAGAUAUCCUUCAAUGAGCCACCUUCUGCGGGACAGAAGAAGCAGGCGAAGGAGUUGUUUGACCUACUACGCGGCACGACACAGGCGAACACAAUCGAAAGCUUGGGAAAGCUGCGCGGAUUUGCGCACAGCCACUGUGCCGAGACCAUCAAGGCCAGAAUGGAGAGGAUCCGCAGAUCCCUGCACGGCUCACCAGUUACGACCCGGGAAUUGAGGCGGGUGAUAGAGGAGCUGAAAGCAGGUGGCGACAAACCCAUAUCUCAGUGGUCUGACCCUCCCAUCCGUGAUUGGAAGAACCUUCGAUUGGUGUAUGAGAAUGUUGACAAUCUUCACGCCUCAGACCUGCUCUCUAGGAUGCUGGAUGACACUUUGAGGUGGUCUCAGAACUGGGGUACAGGGAAUGAGACGAACCUGCCCGAUGACGAGGAAGUUCAGCGCAGGUGUUUGAUUGCGCACGUCCUCGGUGGUGCAACGAUCCUGAAGGAUGACUUGCCGCCCAUCAUCAAGUUAUCUUCGCGUCUGCGCAAGCUGGGUAGAUUCUGGCACGGUCUUGAGAUGGUCAUUGUGUGGGCGUCCAAUCAAUUUGAUCAGGGGAACAGUAUCCGUUACAGAUGGAUCCCUGAUGACCCCAGAUUGGACACACCCAUACCGUCUUUCAAGCUGGGCACGCAAGCCAGCGCAAUCAUCCAAUACCUCAUGAAAGUGAGGCAAUCCUCUCUCACAUAUGAGGAACUUGACCACGCACGGUUGAAUGCAAUCCUGGCCAAACUAAAUCCGAAUGAGAUGAUAUGUCCGACUUGUCACUGUGAAGUGCGCCAGAUCUUGGCCGAGCGAAGGCAUGAUAAUAAACCCGGCUCCAUAGGGUGCAACAAGCGAAGCUGCCUCACGUGCAAGCUCUGGAUCGAAUGCUACAACCGGGUGGAACGAACCGCAUGGGCAACCAACGGGUCCCACUACAAGCCCUACCGUAACUGGCGUCUUCCUGGAGUCUAUACCCAUAUUGAGGAUGAGGUGAUCGACAUAAUGGAGGCAAUGCUAUUUUCAUAUCUAGUCCAGAGGGUGAUCACCCAGGAAUUGCCGCCUAUGCGAUCGGAUGACGAGGCGAGCUUCCCCAAAGGCUCGCCGACGGGCUCAUGA